GCCACAAAGUCCAGGUGGUGAAGAAGAGCAGAAGAAAGAGACUCUCAGGACAUUCUUCCCUGAAACCUGGAUCUGGGACCUAGUUUCUGUGGGAGACAGUGGCUCGGUGAACGUGGAGAAGACGGUCCCUGACACCAUCACUAAGUGGGCAGCUGAAGCGUUCUGCGUCUCAUCUGUGGGCUUCGGCGUGGCGCCCAACGUGGCGCUUGUCGCCUUCCAGCCGUUCUUUGUCAGUCUCACCCUGCCCUACUCGGUCAUCCGAGGGGAGGUGUUUACACUUAAAGCAACAGUCUUCAACUAUCUCUCCAAGUGCAUUAUGGUAAAUAUCACUCUGGCUGAUUCCGACCAGUACACCUCCAGAAACUGCGACGGCUGCCAGUACAUUAUGUGUUUGUGCGGGGAGGAGAGCAGGACUUUCUCGUGGAUUGUAACUCCAACCACCCUAGGUCAGGUGAAUCUGAAGGUCAGCGCUGAAGCCAUGAAGACUAACAUACGGUGUGGCAACGAGGUGGCAACUGUCCCCGACAUGGGCAGCAUCGACACGGUGGUCCGCACCCUGCUGGUGGAGGCUGAAGGAACACCACAGAUGGUCAGUCAUAACGCUCUCCUCUGUCCUGCAGAGGGGCCUGUGGAGAAGAAGAUUUCCCUUCUGUUGCCCGAGAUGUUUGUGGCUGGAUCCGCCAGGGCCUCUGUCUCUGUACUGGGGGACCUGAUGGGCCGGGCCAUGAAGAACCUGGACAAGCUCCUGGCCAUGCCGUCCGGCUGCGGGGAGCAGAACAUGCUGCGGUUUGCGCCCAACAUAUUCAUCCUCAACUACCUGAAAAGCACAGAACAGCUGACCAAGGACAUUCAGGACAAAGCCACACGCUUCCUAGAGAGCGGAUAUCAGAGGGAGCUUACCUACAAGCACGACGACGGCUCCUACAGCGCCUUCGGAAAUAGCGAUAAGUCUGGAAACACCUGGUCAGCUGACCUCUUCGUGAUGAAGUCCUUUGGCGGGGCAAAACCGUACAUCUUUGUGGAAGACAAGCGCAUUCAAGAAGCCCGGAGCUGGCUCUCCAAACUCCAGCGGCCUGACGGCUGCAUCCAAUCUGUGGGGAAACUCUUCCACAACGGCAUGAAGGGAGGAGUGAGUGACGAUGUGUCUCUGACGGCCUACAUCACAGCUGCCAUGCUGGAGCUCGACACAAACACCUUGGACCCCGUGGUGCAGAGGUGCCUGAGCUGUCUGAAGGCAUCAGUGGACUCCGAGCUAGAAGAAAACCUGUACACCACCGCGCUGCUGUCCUACACCUUCACUCUGGCUGGAGACGAGGAGAUGAGGAUCAAACUCAUCACUUACCUGAACCAGAAGUCCAACACGCAGGGCGGCUCCCGUCACUGGGAGAGAGCCGGGGCUUCUGGGAAAGGCCUGGACUCUCUGGAGGUGGAGAUGACCUCCUACGUCCUGCUGGCUCUGCUCUCCGGUCCGGCCCUGCCAGACUUCGGCCUGGGUUACUCCUCCAGCAUCGUGCGCUGGCUGGUCCAGCAGCAGAACCCGUACGGGGGCUUCUCUUCCACACAGGACACGGUGGUGGCCCUCCAGGCCCUGGCUAAGUACGGCGCGGCCACCUACAGCCCGGAGGGCAACACGGCGGUGACUGUGACCUCGCUGGGAGGCCUGAACACAGAGUUCAGGGUGGAUCAGAGCAACAGGCUGCUGUACCAGGAGCAGAAGCUGAGCGAGGUCCCCGGAGAAUACACCAUCAGGGCCCAGGGCCAGAGCUGCGUCCUGGCACAGAUUUCCAUGCACUACAACAUCCCCCCUCCCGCCGACUUCUCUGCCUUCAGCAUCACCACCAACACCAAGUGCAACAUCAACAGGCCCCAGCUCAUCCUCUUUGUGCAUGUCAGGUACCAGGGCAGGAGAGAGGAAACCAACAUGGUGAUCAUCAACAUCAAGCUGCUGUCUGGAUACAUUCUGGAUAAGAGCUCCCUGGAGCUGCUGAAGAGCGACCGCUCAGUGAAGCGUGUGGAUCUGGACGAAGGAUACAUCAACAUCUACUUAGACGGGUUGAAAAAGGAUGAGACGCUGAUAUACAGUGUGACACUGGAGGAGGAUGUUCCUGUCGGGAAUCUGAAACCAGCUGUGGUCAAAGUCUACGAUUACUACCAGACAAGUGAUGAGGCGGUCACUGAGUACAGCUCCCCCUGUGCAGAGUAA